AUGAAGACCGCUUUAAUUUUGCUCAGCAUUUUGGGAAUGGCCUGUGCCUCCUCAAUGAAAAAUUUGCAUCGGAGAGCCAAAUUAGAGGAUUCUGAAGAAAAUGGGGUCUUUAAAUAUAGGCCGCGAUAUUAUCUUUACAAGCAUGCCUACUUUUAUCCUCCUCUGAAACGAUUUCCAGUUCAGAGCAGUAGUGACUCAUCUGAAGAAAAUGGAUAUGGUGAUAGCUCAGAAGAGGAGGAGGAAGAAGAGGAGACUUCGAAUGAAGAAGAAAACAAUGAAGAGAAUCAAAAUUCUGAUGAGAAUGAAGACGAAGAAUCUGAAGCUGAGAACACUACACUUUCUGCUACAACACCUGGCUACGGAGAGGAGACCACACCUGGUAUGGGGAAUACAGGUCUAGCCGCCAUGCAGCUUCCCAAGAAGGCUGGGGCUGUAAGAAACAAGGCCAAGAAAAAGGAGGAAAGUGACGAAGAGGAAGAGGAAGAGGAGGAGGAAGAGGAAGAAACUGAAGCGGAAGUGGAUGGAAACGAGCACAGUGUCAACGGCACCAACAGCACAGAUGUGGACAACAGCAAAGGCAGCAGUGGUGGGGAUGAUGGGGAAGGUGAAGAAAGUGCUACUGAAGCCGAUGCAGAAGGAAUCACAGAGGCUGGCGAGCAGGGUAACGGCAGCCCUAUGGAAACAACUCCAAACGGUGGAUUUCAGCCUACAUCACCACCACCAGAGUUCCGGGGUGCCACCCCCAUGGCGAGCGAGCUCAGCACCACCAGCUCAGGCGGGGAGUAUGAACCCACGGGCACCAGUGAAUACGACAGUGGGUAUGAAGUCUACGAAAAUGGGAACGGGGAGCCCCGUGGGGACAAUUACCGAGCCUAUGAGGAUGAGUACAGCUACUAUAAAGGGCGCAGCUACGAUGGUUAUGAUGGUCAUGAUUACUACUACCACCAGUGAAGGCCGCCUGGGAUGAAGUCAUCCAUUCUGGCGUUUCGAGUGUCUACCAUUUUCAAAGUGCAACUCAGGAAGGUACAAUAUAACAAAUGUGCUUAUUAUAAUGUGGAAUGGAGCUCCUGUUCCAAAAUGAUUUCUAUAAUUGCUUCUGCAAGUAAUGGGCUUCCUGUUGCUUUUCCCUGGUAUGUUAUUG